CUCUCCUCGCCCAUUCCACUGUUCCACCAUGCCUGUCUCGCCAAUUUCGGACCUGGAGAGGAGUGAAGGCGCGUCCGAUGAGAAGAAUGCAAGUUAUACCGGCCAUGCGCCUGUGUAUGUGGGUGAGAAUGGCGAGGCAGACGCUGUCGAGUUUGUCGAAGUCAAGGACUUGAGACGUGGCUUGCACCAGAGGCAUAUACAGAUGAUUGCCUUGGCCGGUACUAUUGGUACUGGUCUGUUUCUGGGCUCCGGGAAAGCUAUUGCUAGAGCAGGACCAUUGGGCGCAUUCUUAGGGUACACGUUCGUGGGAAUUCUGGUCUCGGGGGUGGUCUUGUCCAUCGCAGAACUAAGUACACUUGUUCCUUUGAGCGGAGGCAUCAUUCGCCAUGCAGAGUACUUCGUUGACCCGGCACUUUCGUUUGCCAAUGGCUGGAACCAAGUGUAUGGCACCAUGGUAUCCCUCCCCGCCGAAAUCGUCGCGGCUGCAGUCAUAGUGGAUUUCUGGUCCCAGAUCAACAAUGCUGUAUGGAUUUCCGUCUUUGGAGUCUUGUUGGUAGCGAGUAAUCUGUUCUUUGUACGGAUCUACGGGGAGCUUGAAUUCACCUUUGCAAGUCUGAAAAUCAUGCUUAUUGUUGGGCUCAAUAUCAUGGCUCUGGUAAUUACCUGUGGCGGCGGUCCAGAUCAUCACAGAUAUGGGUUCCAAUUUUGGCGAAACCCUGGCCCCUUUGUUGAUUAUCUUGGCUACACUGGAUCUCUAGGACAUUUCAUGGGAUUUUGGACAACGUUUUCAAAUGCUAUUUAUGCCUAUUCUGGAGUGGAGGGUAUUUCUAUAGCGGCAGCCGAGACAAGAUCGCCUCGAAGAAACAUCCCGAUUGCCGCAAAAAGAAUAUUUUGGCGGGUGUUGCUUUUCUACGUCCUUUCUAUAUUCAUGAUUGGGCUAAUCGUCCCAUCGACCGAUCCAAACCUUUUGAAGUCUACGGGCACAGCUGCGCAAAGUCCAUUUGUGAUAGCCGCUACUAGAGCUGGAAUCAAAGUCGUUCCUUCAAUAAUCAACGCUGUCAUCCUAACAAGUGCCUGGAGUUCUGGGAAUUCGGGUCUCCUUAGUGGCUCCCGUACACUAUAUGGCAUGGCCCGAGAAGGACACGCCCCUAAGAUUUUCCUCCGAACGAAUCGCUUUGGCAUACCGUAUGUCGCAGUUGGAUCACUGAGUCUCUUCAUCUGCCUAGGCUUCAUGAGUCUAUCUAAUUCUGCUUCGACGGUUUUUGGAUGGUUGCAAGACCUCGUGUCCGUCGCAGCCCUUGUUAAUUGGAUGGUUAUCUGCAUCGUCUACCUGCGCUUUUACUACGGCUGUAAAAAGCAAGGGAUUUCCCGUUCUGAGCUUCCUUGGAAGGCACCAUUCCAGCCAUUCGUAGCCUGGACGUCCCUAUCAUUCUUCGUGCUCCUCUUACUAACUGGUGGCUAUGUAGUUUUUAUUCAUGGCCACUGGGACACGGAAACCUUCAUCUCGUCCUAUAUCAACAUCCCCAUUAUCUUCGUCCUCUACUUCGGGUACAAGUUCGUCCGUAAGACGAAAAUCAUCCCGCUGCAAGAUAUUCCUAUCCGCCAUUUUCUAGACAUUGCAAAUCAGAACCCGGAACCGCCUGUAGAGCCGCCGACUGGCUGGAGACGGUUCAACCUUCUCUGGAGCUAGGUUGUUGGGCUUUAGAUGCGGGCUUCAUGGGGGGCUUUUUUGUCUGUUUGCAUUUUUCAUUUGCUAGGGUGAGUGAUGAUGUUGGGGAUGGAAUGAAUGCUUCUUCUCGGUCAAGAUGGGACGGACAUGUACCUCGG